CCUUCGGAAUUGGAACGUUAGAGCCCGUUUUAGUUCCAGCCGCUCUCCCGCCGGAUUCGAUGGAGCGCCCGCUCCGUUGAAGUUUGCCGGGCUUCUACGGGAGGUGUCCCCAGUCCAUCCGUGGCGGUUCGCGGGAGCAAUUAUUGGUGAUUGCUUCUAUUUUAAUUAUCUUGGGGUGAUGGGCGGCCAUGUAAAUUGAAUAAAUAAAUAAAUAAGAAAAAUUCGCCGGGCCAAUGAACUCGUUUUGGGUUUUUUUUUUCGGAAGAAGCCAGGGAUGAAAACAAUCUCGUUUUGCAAAUUGAAACGGGAAGGAAAAAACAAUCAGAAAAAAGCCCAGGUGAGCAGCCGGAGGCACCCGAGUUCAUGUUAGGUGCGGCUGGCUAGGACUUCCGCUGCGUGCCCUGCGAUCUCCAAUUUUGCUGCCUUGCUCUGCUUGCGGGAUGUAAGGAUGGAGGAGAAUCGAGGGCUGACGCCCCUUGCAGCAAACGCCGUGGCUUCUCCUGUGGGAAUGCCGAUUCUGGUCCUCCCGUGUUAGACGACCUGCCUGUUGGAAAGCUGAGCGUUUCCACCUUUAAGUUCUCGGAUGGUUUCCUCAAGUCCACCAGAUGAAUCCGUUUUCUUUCACAGAUCCUUAAUAUCUCCAUUUCAAGAAGGAUGAGUAUUUGCUGUUAUUGGUCUGCCCGGAACGUCUUUCUUGGUGUCAGAAUCCUCACUCUGAAGAAAUCUCUGUGUUUUGUAAGGAAAUGGAGGAAGGAACCUGUGACACGAUUCACCUGUGUUGAUGUUCAAAAUUGGUUGGGAUGCCAAACAGUGGCAAAGAUCCUCUUUGUGUGCUGCGGGAUUGAAGGAUUGUCUCGCGAGAUAAAGUGUGAAGGUGUAGCUAGUAAAGUUGCCAAGACAAACAUUGGAAGCCUUCUUAGUCAAGCAAGGCUUUCUUCAGUGGCUUUCCUUCGGCAUUUUGGAUUUGCCUUCUCUGUAAUUAUCCGAGGUUUCAUCUUGUUGUUGAAGUUUGGCCCUGUGAUCUGCUUUUAUCCUUUUACCUAUUUUUCUCCGGGCUUUGCCACACUCUGGCUCCAUGUUCUUCUUAAGAUUACAGAGUCCUCUGGUCCCACAUUCAUCAAACUGGGGCAGUGGGCAAGCACAAGGCGCGGCCUCUUUUCAGAAGAGUUUUGUGUCAAGUUCUCCAAGCUUCACAUCAAAGCGAUUCCUCACCCAUGGGAUUACACCAAAUGCUCUUUAGAGAAAGCAUUUGGGGAAGGCUGGGAGAAAAUAUUCAUGUUUGAAAGCAGAGAACCUAUUGGAUCUGGUUGUGUGGCCCAAGUAUACAAAGCUUAUGUAGACAGCUCCACUUUCACAGAGCCAGUGCUGAGUGAACUCUCAAAGACUUCUGUGUUGGAUUCUGCUUUGGAGGCCUGGCAGAUCUCAGGUCUUAAAGGACUUUUCAGAUGGUUCUGGUGGAGGAAGCAAAAAAACAUUUUGGAAGGUGACCAUCGACUGCUUCACAAAGAUGGUUUCUAUGAAAGUGUUGUACAGAAUUCCACCUCUGGAUGUUUAAGUACACCCUUAUCUUCCAAGGGGAACCAUUAUUUCCCAGUAGCCAUUAAGGUGCUGCAUCCUGGAUUAGUUCAGCAGGUCCAGAUGGAUUUAUUCCUCAUGAAAAUUGGCAGCCGAUUUAUUGAGCUUUUCCCUGGGAUCAGGUGGCUCAGUUUGACUGAAACUGUGGAGGAGUUUGAGAAGCUCAUGAUUCAGCAGAUUGACUUGCACUAUGAAGCAAGAAACCUAGAACACUUCCAUCUGAAUUUCCAGGAUAUAGAUUACGUGAGGUUUCCCCUUCCGCUUCACCCAUUUGUGACAGAAAAUAUCCUAGUGGAAACUUUUGAGGAGAGCAAACCCAUAUCCCAGUAUCUGCACACAGAAACCACAAUGGAACUACGGCAAAAAAUAGCCAAGAAGGUCAUGGAUAUGCUGCUAAAGAUGGUGUUUGUUGAUAACUUUGUCCAUGCUGAUCUGCAUCCUGGGAAUAUCCUGGUCCAGGGAGCAGAACACUUUGGUGAUCAUUCUAAAGAUGGGGCAGUCAUAGUGGAUCUGCUGGACACAUUAAUUUUAGAAUUACAACCCUCUCACUCACCACUCCAACUGGUGCUUCUGGAUGCAGGGAUUGUAGCUGAGUUGCAGGAUGCAGAUCUUGAGAAGUUCCGGGCAGUGUUCACUGCCGUUGUAUUAGGGCAGGGAGAGAAAGUGGCUGAAUUGAUUCUUUAUCACUCCAGAGCUAACCAGUGCAAGGAUGUGGAGAGAUUCAAGGCUGACAUGGCAGAGCUGGUGACAAGGGCCAGAAGCAAUACUGUUGCACUGGGGAAGCUCCAAGUUGCAACCUUAUUGUCCAGUGUUUUCAAGUUACUUAUGACACAUCAGGUAAAGCUGGAAAGCAACUUUGCUUGUGUGGUCUUUGCCAUUAUGGUUUUGGAAGGUCUUGGUCGCUCCCUAGACCCUGAACUGGAUCUCCUGAAGGCAGCUAAACCUCUUCUGAUCAACCCUCCAAAUUCAUAAGAACCCUCCCCUUAGUAAA